UUUGAAUAAACAUCUAGGAAAAUGACAACGUUUCUAGCUGCCUAGCCUGUUCAUUUAAAUUUAGUUCCACUUGCUGAUACCUAGUGCCGAAACUCUCAGAACUGUCAAUAUGGUGACGCCAUAACAACAAAUUUGAUGGUGUUUCCCAAAGUGCAAUAAAAAAUAGUAUAAUGGAAGAGUGUAGCGACAAUAAUAAUGUGAAUUUAGCUAUGACUGACUCAAGCAAUUUAGUUUAUAAAGCAAAUUUCGAUAGGAAACUUGUUGAAUAUGAUGAACAGAAUCAAGACUCACAGCAACUGCUCCCACAGUACGCAUUUUACCUAGAGAACAGUGUUUUGAUAUCUUGUUAG